AUGGCGACUUUGAGGAAACAGUAUGUGGUGGCCAGAGAUGUGUACUCUGAGGACAGCUUUGCUGAAGAUCAUGAGAAGAUCUACAGGGCGCACAAAACCAUCCUGGACCAUGUCAGAGAGUAUCUCAGUUGUGAUUCAAAACGUGCCAAGAAUGCAGUACUCUCUCUCCUGCCUAUCAUUGGCUGGCUGAGGAUCUACAGAGUGAGAGAGUGGCUGCCAGGUGAUGUGGUGUCUGGGAUCAGCACUGGAUUGGUGGCUAUCAUGCAAGGACUUGCUUUCUCUCUGCUGGCCUCGCUGCCUCCAAGCUAUGGACUUUACACAGCUUUCUUCCCCGUGCUCACGUACUUCUUCCUCGGUACUUCAAGACACAUAUCUGUAGGCUCCUUCCCAGUCCUUAGUCUGAUGGUAGGUGCCGUGGUGACCCGCCUCGUCCCAGAGGACGGACCACCAGCAAACAUCACAGGCUUUGAGGGUCUGACCCAGGACCAGCAGAGAGUCCUGGUGGCCUCCUCUGUGACUUUCCUCAUGGGGAUUUUCCAGCUUGCCAUGGGUGUUCUGCAGGUGGGCUUCAUCGUUGUCUACCUCUCAGACACUCUGGUGUCUGGCUUCACCACAGCAGCUGCUGUUCAGAUCCUUGUGUCUCAGCUCAAGUUUGUAUUGGGAUUAAAUGUCCCAGGCAUCAGCGGUCCUCUCUCUAUCAUAUAUACCCUGGAGAAGAUCUUUGUCCAGAUCACUUCUACCAACAUCUGUGACCUGGUGAUGUCCAUAGUGAUCAUGGUGGUGGUGUUCAUUGCGAAGGAGCUGAACGACAAAUACAAAGCCAAACUGCCAGUGCCCAUCCCCAUAGAGGUCAUCAUGACUAUCAUAGCUUGUGGGGUGUCCUACGGCUUCAACUUUGAGAAGAGAUAUGAUGUUGAUGUUGUUGGCAAAAUGGUUAGUGGGUAUGAGUCUCCCAUUGCGCCCAAUAUGGAGGUGUUCCGGGAGAGUGCAGUUGAGGCCUUUCCCAUAGCCAUAGUGGGGUUUGCUGUUGCGUUCUCUGUGGCCAAAGUCUACUCUAUCAAACAUGAUUAUCUCAUUGAUGGCAACCAGGAGCUCAUUGCGUUUGGGGUUAGCAACAUAUUUGGUGCAAGCUGCAGGUCGUUCGCAGCCAGCACGGCACUCUCCAGAACAGCCGUGCAGGAGAGCUCAGGAGGCAAAACACAGAUUGCAGGGUUGAUCUCAGCCAUGAUGGCAAUGAUUGUAACUCUGGUACUUGGGUUCCUGCUAGAGCCGCUUCCCAGGUCUGUUCUGGGUGCCUUGGUGAUCGUCAACCUGAAGGGCAUGUUGAUGCAGUUCAGAGAAAUCCCAUACCUGUUGAGGAGGGACAAACUAGAAUGCGUGGUGUGGGUGGGAACGUGCCUGGGCGCCAUCCUGCUGGGCCUGGACCUCGGUCUGGCCGUGGGCUUGGGAGUGGAGCUGCUCACUGUUGUCAUCAGGACUCAGUUUCCCCGCUGUUCUGUCUUGGUUAACAUCCCUGGGACUGACAUCUACAGGGAUUGCAAAGAUUAUCUGCAUACAUUCGAACCAAAGGGAGUAAAAAUCUUCAGGAUACCGUCCCCCCUCUUCUUUGCCAAUAUAGAGUUCUUCAGGGAAAAGCUUGAAGAAGCUGUUGGAUUUAACCCCUUGAGGAUUUUGAGGAAGAGGAACAAGGCUCUCAGGAAAAUCAAGAAACUAUUGCAGGAAAAGGAUGAUCACAUUACAGAGAGGGGUUUGGCAGAUUUGUUUUUCCAAACAACUGAUGAGUCUUACAUGAACACGAAGGAGUUGGAUCUGCCCACUGACCUCAAAGGUCUUCCUUUCCGGAUGGACUGGAAGGCCGAGCUUCCCGCUAACAUCAGUGUUCCCAGAGUGGAGCUCCACAGCCUGAUCCUGGACUUCUCUGCUGUCUCCUUCCUGGACGUGUCUGCUCUGAAGGGCCUCAAAAUGGUGUUCAAAGAGUUCAUCCGAAUCGAUGUGGAUGUUUACAUCGCGUCAUGUGAUGCGUACAUCUUGGAGAAACUACACACCUGUAUGUUCUUUGACGAUGAGAUCUUGACGUCCAUGUUCUUCCCGACCCUUCACGACACCAUGCUGCAUGUGUUUGAAAAACACAAGGGAGACAAAAGUAAAGGCUGGGUGUUAACAGAUACCAAACUGUAGAAGAGCAACUGUCUCCGGGAGCAUCCAUUCACAAGGAAGAAUGUUCAUCUACAACUACAAUGAAAUGCUGUUAACACUGAACCAUUUUAAUCUUCCACUCACUAUACUGCCACGAUGCAAUGUUCUGUAUGUUUAGUGAGGAUUUAGUGAUUUCAUUACAGAUGGUUCUGUAUUUGCUUUCACAGAAAUUGUUACAGUCUUUGCUUUUCUUAUUGAGAUUGUCUCUUUAAUGUCAUAGAUCAGUCUGUAAUGUCAGCUAAAAAUGCUAAAAAUCAAAGUGUUUGUACUUCUUUUUUUUAAUGCUGUUUCUUUGAUUCUGUCAUUUCAUGUGUUUUAAAUUGUGUCUGUCCGUUGUUGCUACUUUUGUGUUAACAGGAUGUUGCAGUGAAAUGACACAUAUGUUCAGCCAACCCACCCUGUAUAAAUAAUGUUUAAAUAAAAAAGAUGGAAUACAUCUUAAAUGGUCUAAACACUCUUCUAAAUUUAUAAAUCAGGAUAAAUCAAACUGAAAGAUGACGACAGCUUAGAUAUCAGCCAAUUCCUGACAUUAGGACAGGACAUGAACAGAGGUUACUGCACCAGACAGAAUGAAAACGUCCCUGCAUAUCAUAUGCCUGCAAGUCAUUUUCUAAUAUUCAUUUCAAUUUAGGGACAUGCUUAAAACAGUGGUUCUAAACCGUAAUGGUUUCCAGGCAAGGUAGGAAAGUAGGGUGCUACACAAAAUUACGAUUCUUUUUUCUGACUUGAUGCAGUUUACUUGAUAACCUUAUCUUGUCCAUCUUCAAAUAACAAUCUGAGAAUCUCUUAAAGUGGUCAGAAACUGCAGACAUAUGCAUCCUUUCAAUAUGAGUAAACAAGUAAACCAAGGUUUGUUUUACAGGGGCACAAGAAAAAAAACGUGAAACCACUGCUUUAGAAUACCACCACACAUAGCCAGGGCACCGACAAAAUGUCUUGAAGACACACAUUGAGUUUUCCAAAAUGUUCAUAGUAGUUUUCAAAAGAUGCAAAUUCCUUGUAUU